AACCAACAUGGCCGACAGCGAGAGAUGUGGUACCGAGCCUCGACCGCAAACAACAACAACAACACAACCACAACAACAACAACAACCAGCGCAGCAGCAGCAACAACAACAACCUCUCGCUCACCUCCCCACAUGCUCAACCACCUCGUCGUCAACGCAGGAGCCGCCUGCGCACGUGGCGGCGAUGGUAGGAGACACGGGCCUACGGCAGGAGGAGGAGGAGGAGAUGGUUGUGGUGGUGGUGAAGGAGGUGGAGGAGGUUGAGGAGAUGGAGGAGGAGGUGCAUCUGCCUGGGGUGGGACUCCAACUGGGCUGCGAUGCCGCGGCGACCAGCGGAGGCGGCGACCUCUUUCUGGACGGUCGUGGCCUCUGCUACGUGGACACGGAGGUGACCGAAGGGUCGGGCAUGGAGGCGAGCGAGGUUGCUGGUGAUGAAGACGAAGGCGGCGGUGGUGGUGGUGAUGAUGAUGGUGGUGGUGGUGCUGGUGGUGGUGAUGAUGGUGGUGGUGAUGGUGGUGGUGGUGAUGGUGGUGAUGAUGAUGAUGGUGGUGGUGGUGAUGAUGAUGGUGGUGGUGAUGGUGGUGAUGGUGAUGUCCACGCCGUGCAAAUGUCCACCAUGGAAGGCACGAUCAUCUUCGUGCAAGCGGAGGACGGCUCUUACCUCCAGGGCGAGGGGUUGACCCAAGAGAUGGCGGAGCAACUGGGCAGGCAGCAGGGUUUCAUGGAGAUGAUGGGCGGCGGCGGCGGCGAUGGUGAUGAUGGUGGUGAUGGUGGCCAUGGUGAUGUUGAAACGCACGUGUACGAGGAGGUAACGCAGCAUCAGGAGCAGCAGCAGCAGCAGCAGCAAGAUGAAGAGCAGCAGGUGGUGGAGGAGGAGUAUGAUCAGCAGCAAGGACAAGAUGAACACGAGCAGCAUCAACAGCAGCAGGAGCAUGAAGUUCAGCAUCAACAGCAGCAGGAGCAUGAAGUUCACCAACAACAGCAGCAGGAGCAUGAAGUUCACCAACAACAGCAACACUUAGACCAUCAACAAGUUCAGCAGCAGUACCAGCAACAACAGCAGCAGCAGAUUCACAUUGGACUUGGGCCAGACGAACUCCAACGGGUCAUCGCCCACGUUACCAAGACCCACCAUCACAUGGCCACUGAUGGCACGAGGAGCGCCCAGAUCUUGCAGUUGCCCUUGUCGCAGCUGCAGCAACUGCAGCAGCAGCAACAACAGCAGCAACAACAGCAGCUGCAGCAGCAACUGCAGUUGCAACAACAACAGCAGGUGGUUGUUCAGAGUGCUUCUCAGCAACUGCAAGGCGUGGCGCAGGUGCUGAUGCAGCAACAACAACUACAGCAGCAACAACAACAGCAGCAACAACAGCAACAACAACUGCAACAGCAGCAACAACAACAACAGCAGCAGAAACAGCAGCAGCAGCAGCAACAGCAGCAACAGCAACAACAGCUGCAACAACAGCAGCAACAACAGCAGCAACAACAGCAGCAGCAACAGGAGCUGCAACAGCAGCAACAACAGCAGCAGCAGCAACAGGAGCUGCAACAACAGCAGCAGCAGCAACAGGAGCAUGAGGACAAGGAGCGGACGAUGCCACCGCUGGCGCUCGUUCAACCGCGAGUGUCGAGCCAGUCCGGCGGCACCACCGUUGCCACCGCCACCACCACCACCAUGGCUCCCAUUGCCAGCACCGCCGCUCAGAUCUUUCACAUCCAGGCUGUGGGGCAGGACCAACCUCAGCAGUUCAUCCUGUGCACCACAGGCACAGGCACCAGCGCGAUCCGCAUCCUAUCUCAGCGCCAGCCUCCUCCGCUCGGGCCCGUGUCCACCAUCCGGCUGGUGCCGGGCAUUGGUCUUACCAACGGGCAGAGGGUCGUGCUGACCGGUGAAACGGCGCAGCAGCAGCUACAGCAGCAGCAGCAGGCAGCGGUAGUGACGGGACGACCCGGGAACGUUCGCAGGUCGGCCGGCAACAAGCACUUGAAGAGGCUGGCGAAGAUCAAGACGCGUUCCGGUCGCAUCUCGCGCCCGCCGCUGCACAAGAUCAAGGACUACAAGUUCAUCAGGAUGGAGGACCUCGCCGACGGGCACCAGUCGGACUCGGAUGACUACUCGGAUUACAGCGUGGAGGAGGGUGGCGGCGAGGAGGAGCGCAAGGCCAAGGUGGGUGAGACCCAGGAGGAGCGACUCCACGGGCCGCUCACCUUCACCGUGAAGCCCAAGAACUUCCUCUGCCAGAACUGCGACAAGUCGUACAUCGGGCGCGGCGGGCUGGCGCGCCACUACCGGCUGAACCCGACGCACGGACGAUUGGAGCCGCUGGCAGACGAGCAGGACAAUGCCGUUGCCGCCACGGCUUGUGAUGAACACGGGGGUGGUGGUGGUGAUGAUGGGGACGGUGGUGGUGGCAGUGGCAGUGGUGAUGGUGGUGAGAUGAUGGGGGAGGCCGCGUCACUGUCUGCGCCGGUGGAGGUACUGGCGGACAAGGGUCCGGCGAGUGUGGCCAAUGCAGGAAGUUUGACGGAGCCGGAAUUCAUCGUCGCGUCUGACUUUGUGCAAGCGGAGCAGCCGUCUGUUUCUGAGCUGCAGCAGCAACAGCAGCAGCAGGAGCCGUCGCCUGUCGGAGCCGUGGCCCCCGUGCCCUCCGCCCGUCGCCCUGGAAGGCCUCCCAAGAACCCGGGCGGGCCUUCCGUUCAGGAGCAGCAGCUGCAGAAGAAGAAGACGCAGCUUAGAGAGCUGCUGAAGGGGUGCGAUGACGAGGAACUCUUGGAGCUGGUGCUGCCACGUCUCACCCGCAUCCUUACGCUCUGGCAAUUCCUGCUUAAGAAGGUGGAGAAGGGCCGGUCGGAGCGACCGUGCCUCCCGGACGUCUACCGCGAGUUCGAGACCCUGCACCGGCACGUGAAGACAAUGGCAGAGGAGCACUUCAGCAGCCCGCCGUGCCAGCCACCGCAGCCGCCGCUGCAGAUCAAUAACACGCAGGUGGCCCAAUCGCUGGGGUUGGGCCCAGAGUUACUCGGACUCGACGAGAACUCCGCAGUGGGCCCACCGCUCGACUCCUCGACGCUCCGCUACGAGUUCGUGCUGGUUGACCCCGCGCGCAUCGACCUGACCUCGACCCUCAAGCGUCACUCCCAGGACGAGGCAGAGGGCGAACCGAAUGGAAAGAGACCUCGCGUUGAAGAUGAGAUAGGAGACGAAGUACUGUCCGUGCCGGGAGAUGCGUCCGGUGAUGCAGCUGACCAGCAGAUGGCGCCAGCAGACGACGGCGCCCUGCAGCAGCUCAUGGCCAGCACUGUUUCGUCACCCAACGUGGUUCAGCAGCACGACACGCUCCACUCGGUGUAUUACCAGAUCUCCACAGAUUCCAACUCGGAACAGCUGACCGGCUUGCAGGACACUCAGCAGGAGCAGCAGCAGCAGGAUCAACAGCAGCAUGGAGAGCAGAGCUCCGUGUUCUACCAGCUGCCGGAGGAAAGAGAAGCGGCCGAUUCCGACACGGUGGACUCGUGCGGCGCCACCCUGUCGCGGCAAAUCGUCUCCAGGACAGGUUCGGGCGACGGAGAACCCAGCCCUGGGCGCAUCAAAGCCCCGUGCUUCGGUGAGGACGACUUGGUGAUGAUGGGUGACCUUGAGGGCGAGAAGCUGCUGGGCGGAAACGCUCACGGCGGGGGGGACAACGGCUUGGCGGGGAGCGACGGGUUAGCGGGGAGCGACACGCACGAAGUGGCCCACAUCAUUCACGCGCCCAGCUUUGGCGACGAAGACCUGGAAGAGCCCCGGUCUCGCGACUCGGCCGGGAUGAGUGCGGUGGCGGACGCGUCCGACGGUCGGCCUCCCCCCCCUCCUCCUCCUCCUCCGCCUCCUCAAGGCAACGACGGCGAGAGGCCGGCGGCAAUACCCAGCCACGCUCUGCCGACGAACGGCGGCUCCUUGUCGCACGUGGCACCACCGGACAAAGCAAUGGACGAAUGCGCCGGCGGUGUCGGCGGCGCCGUCGCGGACGUGCCGGUCGCCCCGGGCUGCGCGCGCCCCACGAGCGGCGGCGCCGUGCCGAACGGCGCCGGUGACGUGACGACGGUGGGGGAGGGUGGGGACGGCGAAACCGGGGAGCUCGCGCCGUGCGCCGCGUCGUACCCUCGCGGCCCCGAGGGGGCAGACGUUGCCGUGGCGCCGGGCCGGCCGGACGGAUGUACGGAGCGGCUGCCGCUGGAGACCGUUCAGGCGCUGCUCACGAUGGAGGCGUCCCUGGAAGCACAGCCGGCGGAAACGCAGCUGUGCGGGGAAUAGGCCGUGGGCGUCCGUCCGUUCGUUACGCGUCGAUUUUUUUUACGCCGAUACAUAUAUAGAAAUGCCAUGGACGUCGGUCGUUUGCCUCCCCUGGUCUUGCCGAAAGUGCGUGUCGCGCAGUACUUCGCAGAUCGGAGGCUCCCCUGUUAUUGAGCGGGAGGGCGUGGUCGCGUCGUCAGGGUUGUGUUGGCACAGUGAUGUGUGAUGUGGUGUCUUUAUCUCUCCAUCGAGGACCCCCGCUGUUGACGGUGCACGCACACGCACAGGCGCAUGCACGCGCACGCGCACGCACACGCGCACGCACACACGCGCACGCACACACGCGCAUGCACGCGAGCGCUGUGAAACUCGUCAAGUGCCAACAUGCCCUUGCCUACCGGGGUAGUGCCGUUGCCAAGGGCGCACUGCCAGCGUGAUUGUACAUACAAGUAGUCGUACGUUUCGGUGUUUUCAGUUUUUUUUUUGUACAUUAGAGGACGUUCGCGUGCCGCAAGGAUGGUACGAUCGCUCGCGGUGUCCCCCCCCCCCCCCCGCCCUCCCUUAAGCCGGAAAAUAUUUUUUUACAAACUCAGAAAAACUCAUAAGUAUCCUAUUAAACGUGCGUUUGUAUUUAUAUAUUAUUUGACAGUAUAAAUAUACGGUGAUAUUCGUGAAAGGAUCGGUGUGCGCGGAGUAAGAUUACGAAGGUCUUGUUUUCAGCGAUCGUUUAUCGCGUAAGUAUUACCGCAGUAAAGUGUUGCUCACACCUGUACGAGUGUAACAUAAUCGAGGGAACGCUCGUGCGUAGGAUGCAAGGCGCGACAAAACCCGGCUGUUCACUUGCACCCGCAAAAUAUCACUGGGGAGUUGUUCAUACCGGUGUGAAGCAUGACUGGACAUUCCGUAACACUGCCAGUGUUUGCCGCUCGAUGACAGCGCCUUCGCCACAGCAGAGGAAACGUUUCUACUGCUUAUUUUACGUGCCCGGUUCGUUUUUAUUUCGCAAGGAAAACCCUCCACCUGGCUGCAUAAACUGUUGUCAUUUCACGUGCAUGUCACCACUACCUUGUCGCGUUUCAUUCGGGAAGGGGGUGGGAGGUCGGAGACUCGACCGCAAUCAAAACAAACGUCUUGAAGGUGUACACAACGGCCCCCCUGGGUUCUCCAGGAUGUCCGUAGUGAAUCUGAAGCUUCGUCAGGCCUUCUUCCUGGCAUUUCCUACCACUCUUGUGUCGUCUGCCUGCCUUGCUCUGCUUUCUCCACUCAUUCCUAUCCCGGGUUGCCAUCUCUAAGUCCACUCAACGAUCCUUCAUUUAUGAAUGCUGAACUUGUUUCGCACUGCACGUAGCCAACCGUGCUAAUCGGAGGUGCGGGGAAAGGACAACAAACCAAACACAAAACGUAGUUCCUAAGGUAUGAGUUUUCAAUCUCGAUGAUUUCAAAGUGCACAGCUCCAGUGGUUUCCUAAUAUCGGAAGCAAGAGCGUUCCAGACGGCCGCAGAAGCGCAUCUGAAAGCACGCGAGAUGCGGUCGGUGACCGUCCUUGUUCGACGACCAGCCAAAAGCCGCCGAUGCGAGGAUGACCGGAGUGCGAGUGAUAGUGUGUGCCCCUGGACGAGCUUGGCAAGCUAUCGUGGUUCAUUUGUGGCAAGCGCAUUGUGGGUAACGAGCGUGACCUUAUAACGUAUUCGGGUCUUGAUCCUAACUCGCAGCUUCGACCACCUUUCUCGGCCUGCUUUCACGUUCGUCACCUUUUUCUUCAUCCAAUGUGAAGCUUCGAUUAAAUAAAUAAAAACUUACAAUUCAAGGGUCGGGGCACGCCGCCUUAUCGCUGUGGUGAUGUCACAGCAGUCCACCAUAUGGUUGGUCAUUGACCGAAGCUUGUGGGGGAGUGACAGAGAUCUGUCUCCAGUUCUGUUCCGUGCGAUGGAUCGUGACGUGAACGUUUUUCUUCCCUUGUGCACAAAAGAUUUGAGUUUGUGUCUUCGCCCACGGACAAACAGCCUGGGUUAAUGUUCAAGGUGUGUUCUGUUUGCGUCGUUUGGUCACUGCGCACUACAUUGACGUAUACAUAAAGCAUCGGGCGUGAUGAGCCGGUUACACGAGCAUCGAAAAGGUCAAAUUUCUCAUGGCAGUCAAUCUCCAGUCUUUCUCGGUCAGCCAAGACGUUAUCCAGUGCACCCCGUGUUGUUUCUGUGCUCAUGUAGGUGAGAUUCGAAAGUGGCGUGUCGCACAAAGAAUUCGAUUUUUUUUGCAAGGAAUGUUUUGUCAGUGGGAGAUGGUGGUUUCGUUGGAAGUCUCCCGUUUCCCUGCAGCUGAGACGUUAGAUCAAUCCCGCGCGGUAAGAUCGUUUUCUUUCAAUACGCUGGGAUAGUUGGCAGUAUUUAUCGUGAUUUGGGUCCGGCCCGAAUUAUUUUUUCUGGACAUCUGGGAAAAAAUUGCAGCUAAUCGGAUUCCUCGAGUAGAAAUAGUCGGAUUCUGAUCUACCUACAGAGAAGGUUAAGCAGAGUGUGCAAUGUAGAUCGUAAACAUCGCCGAGUGAACUAGAAUUGUGAUGUAUCAUGCCAUACGAAAUUAGAAAACAAAAUGCGCUGGCUGGGUUCCUGCCUGGCUGGCUGGCGCGGUGGUGACGUCAACGCGCCACGUCUGCGUGGUGGCGUCACCCGCAUUCCACAGCGUUGAGCCGUGCUCGUGCGAGCUGACGUCACGGGAAAGUGAGAAUAAGGAGAGUAUUCUUAGGUUUUUUCGGUAAAGUC